AUGAUGGAACAGGAGAAAAAGCCGAGGAGGGAGAAAGAAGAACCCUCUAUCUCAACAAAUAUAUUUUAUGGUGAAAAGGAAAAUAAAAAUGAGCAAUUAUCACAAGUUGAAAAUAAAUGUGAAGCAUUGCCUGAGCAUAAUUGCAAUACGCAUGCUGACAAAUCAGAUAAUAUUUGUAUACAAAAUCCAAAUGUUUUAAAAUGUGAAGAAAUACAAAAUAUAGAUAGCAAGCAAGGUUUUAGUAUCAAUUUAAAUAAAAACAAUUAUGAGUAUAAUACAAAUUUGUAUGAACAAAGUGUAUCUAACUUGAAUGUUCAAAAUAUGGACGAUUGUAACAUUGUAGAUAUAAAGUCUGAUUUAAAUGAUCCAGUUAAAAAAAAUGUCAUUUUAAUAAACAAUAUAGAAAAAAAAAAAAUAGUGGAAUCAAAUGAUGAAGGUAAUGAAAAUAUACAUAAUGAAGGAAAUAAUAUUAAGCUUAUUUCAAACCAAAAAGAUAAAAAUAUAUGUGAUAUUAUUAGUACAAAUAAAAUUGAGGUCGAAAAAAGAGAGGAUACUAAUUCAAUAGAAAAUAUCGCAAAUAUAAAUUAUACUACCAUAAAAGAAGAGUUGAAAAAUGAAGAAAAAUGUUUAACAAAUUUUAAUGAUAAAAACGAAUCAAAUGUAGUAGAAAAAUAUUGUGAAAAUAAUAAAAAUAUAAUAGACGAUGCAACAGAAAAAAAUCGACGCAUUAUAGAAAUGUAUGAAAAAAAACUUGAAACUGAGAUUGAUCAAAAAGAAAAAAAUAAAGUAGAUCGACUUACCGAAUUAAGUGAUCAAAUUGAUGGUAAUGCCUCAACUAUUAGUGCAAAAAUGAGAGAAAGUAUUUCCAAAAUAUUUAGAGAAACACCGUCAUCAAAGCCUAAAAUUAUAAAUGAAAUUAAAAAAAAUGAUAAUGAUGAAAAUUCUGAAUAUAAUAAAAGUGAAAGCAUAUCAGAAAAAAAUGAAAAUAAAUUUUUUUUCAAAGAUGAAGGAAAUCUAAGUAAUGAUAAUGGAAGUAUGGGUCGAGAUGAUCGUGAUAAUAAACCGAGCUUCUCUCGAAGCACUUUAAAAGAGGGAAGUCUUUUGAGACUUUUUCGAUGUGAAUAUUUUGACACUCAUUUACAUAUUAGAUAUUUAUAUGAUAGAAAAGAAGUAGGAGUACAUGAAUAUUUAGUUAAUUCAUUAUAUACUCAAAGAAAUCCUGAAGAUAUAUUAUUUUACUUACCUCAAUUAUGUCAAAUAUCAUUAGUGCGAUAUGAAUCAUCAUCUCUUUAUCGAUUCCUUUUAGAUAAAGCUAGCAAAUCUAUGCAUUUUGCUUUAAAAUUAAAUUGGAUAUACAAUUCAAUAGUUGAAGAUAAUAUAUCUAAAUAUAAAGAAAUAUCUCAAAAAAUGAUACAAGAAAUUGAAAUGGCUGUAGUUAAUUGUAAACCACUAAAUAGUGAAUGUAAAAUUUUUAAAGAAAAUAAGCAAUCCGAUCUUCUCAUUUUAGCAUACCCACUUUUAUUUAAAAGAAAAUUUAUUAUAAAAAAAAUAAGAGCAAAUGAAAAAAUAAAUCAAAUUAAAAAAUUUAACAAAUUUCUUAGUAAUUCUUAUAGUUUAAAAGGACUUAUAGAAAGUAAUCCAAUAGAAAAAACAAAUACAUUAUCGUCUACAAAUAAUUCAGACAACCUAUUAAAAGAAAUGUGUUUUUGUUCAAAUCAUAUUAAGAGCAUUGAUCAGAAAAAUACAGGUGUAAUGAAUUUAGAAAAGAUGGAUCCUCAGUGUGGUGAUAAGAUUAAUCCUCAAUCAAUACAUCCUAAUUCUGAGCAUAUUAAUGAAGAAGCAGAAAAAAAUAAUUAUCUCGGUGGAGAGCAAAAAUAUAACAGUGUUUGCCCUAAAUGUGCACAUAUUUUUGAGAUAAAAAAAGAAAAAAAAGAUAAAAAAAAAAAUAUAGCUUUAUCACCCCAAUUGCCAUCAUGCUAUAUAAUAAAUUCAGGAGCUUUAUCUGUAGCAUCUGCAAAAAUAAAAUUACCAAGUACUUAUGCAAAAUUAGGAGAUCCAUUAAGCUUUUCCAAAUUUUCACUCCCAGAUUGUAAUUAUAGUUUUGAUAUGAUUGAAGAACUACAGCAAUUUUUUAUGAAACAAAGAAGAUGCGAUUAUUUUAGUUUGCUGAACAAUUUUAUAGAUAUAUUAAUAACAACGUCUAAUUUGUUAGCAAAUGAACCUGAUAUCGAUAUACGAAACACAAUACUAAACAAAUUUAUAUAUUCCUUAAAUACUUGGAUGGUUAUGAGAAGAUGUAUAGUAGCUUCUUGUGAAAAUAUUUUUUCCAUGACAGGUUUAUGUAUACCAAUGGAAUCAAUAUCUUCUAGUAAAUCAGAUAGAUGUGGAUCAAGAAGAAAACAAAAAAAGAAUUCCAAACAUUUACAAAUAUUACAUUUUAAUAAUGAUGAAUGCAAAAUAUUUUUUUCAAAAAAAAGGGCACCAUAUUUAUUGGUCUUUGAAGUAGCGGAUUUGGAUGAAGAUAUUUCGCAUAUUAGUGAUAAUACAUUUUAUGUGAGUAAUAGAUUAUUUAAUAUAGAAAAUUAUAAAAAUAAUAAUUUAAUUAAAACGACACAAACUAAUGAAAAGGAAUCAGGGGUAAAAAAUUAUUUCAGUGAUGAUGAGCAUUCAAACAAUGCAAAAAGUGAUGAUGAAUUGAAACAUAAUAAUUAUAUUCUUACAAAAAAUUAUGGAGGAUAUAAUGAAAACAGUAGUUCCUAUGAAUGUGAAAUGAAAACUAGUUAUGAAGAGCAAAAUAAAAAAAUAAUAAUAAAUAACAAUAAUAAAAACAUAGGAAAAACUAAUGGAAAUCGUUACUAUGAAUCCAAUGAAAAUUCCUAUCAAUAUUAUGAUGAUAAAAAUUAUCAAGAAUUUUAUAAUUAUAAAGAAGAACAAAUUACCAAACUAAAUAGAAAUACAAAUAGCGCUGAUGAUGAUCCUAGUGAAAUUAGUAGUACAAAUAGUAGUUGCAACUAUUUUAAAGAUUUAAAUGUAAUAAAAAUGAACGAUCUUUAUGUAUAUAAUGCUAUAGUAAACGAUUUGAGGCGAGAAAAUUUAAUAUCUUUCACUUCUGAAGAAGAAGAAAAUAUAUAUCUUAUAAAAAAAUGUAUUGGAUUAGCAGAAGAAAAAUCAAACGAUGGUUAUAGUGACAAAGAAUAUGAUAAGAAUGAAAUGGGAAGAAGGAGAUCAAGAAAACAUAAUAACAAUGAUAAUAAAAACGAAGUAAAUAGUGAAUCUAAUGAAUCAUCUUCACAAGGAAUAAAAACAAAUAAAUUUUUAAACACCAGAUCUGCAUCUAUGCCUAACUAUUUAAACAACUCCAAACCCACUGAUAUCACAUCUACUAAAUGUACUCCUGUUGAUAAUAAUGAUGAAAAUGGUUAUAUAAAUGAUAUAGGUGAAUAUAACGAAGGAAAUGGUAACUCCACAGAUAAUCAAACUACCGAACAAGAAGAAAAUUUAAAAAAAACAAAUAAAGAUAAACAAAUUCAAGGCCAUAAAAACGAAGAAACAUAUGAUAAAAAUAACAAAAAAGAAAUGAAUUCAAUAAAUAAAAAUUUAAUAAAAAGGGUUGGAAAUAAUAUUAAUGGGAAAAACGGUGGAAAACAUGCUAGUGUAUUAUCAUCACAUUCUCAUAACACAAGAAACUGCUAUUAUUCUAUAGAACUACCUUCCAUUUUACCAGAUAUAAGCGAAUAUUUUAAAGUCGAAAAUUAUUUAAAUGAAGAAUUUAAAAAAAAAAAUUGUAAAAUUAUAAAAACAUUGUUAUGGGGAGAAUUAUUUGAAGAUAAAAAAAAAAAAAUUCGAAAAAUAUCACCUUAUGGCAAAUUAAAAUCUUGGGAUCUUAAAUGUGUCAUAGUAAAAGGUGGUGAUGAUUUACGACAAGAAUUAUUAGCUUCUCAAUUAAUUAAACAAUUCAAAAUUAUAUUUGAUAAUGCUGGUUUGCCAUUAUGGCUACGCCCUUAUGAAAUAUUAGUUACUGGAUCUAACUCGGGAAUAAUUGAAUAUGUCCAUGAUACUUGUUCAGUUGAUUCAUUAAAAAGAAAGUUUGGCACAGAUAGUAUUUCAACGAUUUUCAACAUCGUCUUUGCAGAUUACAUAUUUGAGGCCAAAAAGAAUUUUAUAGAAAGCCAUGCAGCAUAUUCCUUAAUUUCAUACUUAUUACAAGUGAAGGAUAGACAUAAUGGAAAUAUGCUAUUAGAUUCAUAUGGGCAUCUAAUACAUAUAGAUUAUGGAUUCAUGUUAACAAAUUCUCCGGGCAAUGUUAAUUUUGAAACAUCACCUUUUAAAUUAACCCAAGAAUAUUUAGAUAUUAUGGAUGGAGAAAAUUCAGAUAAUUAUGAAUAUUUUAGACGACUCAUUGUUAGUGGAUUUUUAGAAGCUCGCAAACAUUCUGAAGAAAUUAUUCUCCUUGUUGAAUUAAUGAUGCCAGCUCUGAAAAUGCCAUGCUUUUCGAAUGGAACACAAUUUUGCAUAUAUUCCUUAAAAGAAAGAUUUAUGACAAAUUUAACUGUUGACGCGUGCAUCCAACGAAUUAACACAUUAAUUGAAACCUCUGUCAACAACUUCCGAAGUGUUCAAUAUGAUUACUUUCAACGAAUAACAAAUGGAAUUAUGUAA